AUGUGCGUCCUUACGAGCCACGUGGCGUCUUUCUUUCCCCUAAGCAUUGCGUUGAGAGAAAGAGAAUUCAAUCGUCUCAGAAUUUGCGUGGUUCUGAUUACUGAGGUUAACGGUAGGAGGCCUCAGGGUUUCAAGCUCGCCAUCAAGGCUAGACCCAAUAGAGGAAGCGGUGGGGGAGGUGGUGGGUCUGGUGUGGAGAAGAAUCUCUUGAGGAGCGUUGAGGAGACGAACAAGGGCUUCUGCAGGACUAUUUUUAAUGUGGUUUUGCAGAAAGCUGAACUUGUUACCAAGGAGAAGAACAGGGCUUCUGCUGUGGCGAUGAACGCUGAGAUACGUAGGACUAAGGCUCGGUUGUCUGAGGAAGUUCCAAAGUUGCAGAGACUUGCUGUUAAGCGGGUUAGCUUUCCUUUCUCAUCAUCUUUUACUCUUCCCUCCCUUCAUGGAUCGAUCAGCUAUGUUGCUUCUAGUUUGGCUGAGAGAAACGAGAGUGUAAGUCUUGUUGAUGUGGAGAGGAGUAGUGGUGGACGGACUUCACGAGUAGCCAUUAUUACAGAUAGAGAGAAAGAUCGUUAUGAUCCUGAUUAUGACCGUCACAGGUACGUGAGGGUUACGCCACCUGUUGUACAAAACUUCAACCCGAUGGCGAGCUUGAAACCCUGAGGCCUCCUACCGUCAACCCAGAUUUGGCUAUUUGAGCAGAAAGAUCUGAGGAUCGAAGGAAGGAUUACUGGUUUUGACGAGUACAUGACUCUAGUGUUGGAUGAAGCUGAAGAAGUGAACCUCAAGAAGAACACCAAGAAACCACUUGGUGAGUUUACUAAGAAACAAAAAAGUCCUACCAAUAAUCUAUAUUUUUAGGAUUGUCCUUAGCAAAAUCUCUUAAAGACAAAGUAAUAAUAAAAUAUCUUAAGGACUAAAAUUAAGUCCUACCAAUAA